AUGUCUAUCAGGCCGAGCACGUGCGUGAGCGCCUGCAAGAGCGCCUGCGUGAGCGCGUGCCUGCGUGAGCGCGUGCGUGAGCGCCUGCGUGAUCGCCUGCCUGAGCGCCUGGGUGAGCGCGUGCGUGAGCGCGUGCGUGUGCGCGUGCGCGAGCGCCUUUGUGAGAGCCUUUGUGAGCGCGUGUGUGAGCGCCUUCGUGAGCGCCUGCGUGAGCGCGUGCGUGAUCGCCUGCGUGAUUGCCUGCGUGAUCGCCUGCGUGAUCGCCUGCGUGAUCACCUGCGUGAGCGCGUGCGUGAGCGCCUUCGUGUGCGCGUGCGUGAGCGCCUGCGUGAUCGCCUGCGUGAGCGCCUGCGUGAGCACUUGCGUGAGCGCGUGCGUGAGCGCUUGCGUGAUCGCCUGCGUGAGCGCCUGCGUGAGCAGCGCCCGUUCCUGUUCCUGUUCCAGAAGACCCUGGACGCCAACCGUUACGCCACCAAGAAGACGAUCGCGCAGGGCAUGCUGGACAUCGCGCUGCUCACCGCCAACGCCAGCCAGCUCAAGUACAUCCUGCAGGUCGGCAAGGAGCACGAGUUCUACACGCUCAUGGUCACGCUGAUCUCCGUGUCCAUCAUCCUGCAGCACUUUGGCCGUGCUCCUGAUGGAACCCGAUUCAACAGCAGCCUCGUCCUCGCCACCAACGACGAGGAACGUGGAACGCGCAGCACCGGCGGCGCCUUCUCUCCACCUAUCGGUGUGCUCAUGGGCGUCUUGUUCCUCACGCUCAACCUGCUGCGCGACUGCCGCCUGCACCAAGAGGAGUACCGCACGUCAGCGCUGGCCAUCAACUACGCCACCAUGGCCAUGUCGGUGGCGGUGGGCGCGCUCAACCUGCUUACGUCGGCCUUCGACCCCACGCUGGGCGCCCUGCUGGAGGCUGCGCAGGCUGGGCCCGGGCCCGACGUGCCGGCGGCGGCAGCGGCCUAG